AUGGUGACGUCUCCAUUUAUCCGACCCAUAUUUUGGUCAUCGGAGCGCUGCGCCGACAGACAGCAUACAGGGGAGUUCAUCGCGUCAGAGUUGAAAAAGGUGAUUCAAGCUGUUGAAAAUGUCGUCGGAAAAGGAUCGGUAUGCGCUGUUGGGACGGACAACGCGUCUAACAGGCGUAAGUCAUGGGAGCUUCUAAUGGCCAAGAUACCAAGUCUAACGUGUAACGGCUGCGCGGCACACACGAUCAAUCUUCUACUCAAAGACAUGUUCGGGAUGGAGUUCAUGAGUGACGUCUUCAAGAAAGCCGUCCUAGUUACCAAAUUUCGCGCGCUAAUCAUCCCUGUUUCGACGCGGUGGUACUCGAGCACAAAUUGUAUUUCCAGUGUCGUGAGGAACGAAGAUGUGCUGCGUGAGUUGUUUUCCAACCAUGAAUUUCUGGCUCGUUACGUAGAUGCUGCUGCCAAACUCAAUCGCGUCGAGUCUAUUUCGGCUGAUAGCAUGUUUUGGGUGAAUGCCAGAGCCGUAAUGCGACUGGUGAACCCGAUAAUCCAAGCUCUCGGCGCUCUCGAAAAGGAUGGGUGUUGCCUUUCGAUGGUGUAUGAAUACUUUCGUGGACUGAAAACCCACAUUAGCUCCCGCUUGAACACCCUCAAGCGCGAAUCAAUCCUCGCUGCAUUUUUACUGGACCCAACUAAGUCUACGGACGACUUUGAAGGUGAUGAUUUGGACAAUGCAGUCGAUGCAUGCGUAGAUCUAGCUACACGAGUUGGUCUACCCUCCAACGUAUCUUCAAAUGCGGUUCGCCGAGCUGUCAUGGCUUUUAUUCGCGUGAAGAAGUCCUGGACAGCCGAAGACCACGAAAAAAACGCGAGGGACACGCCAUUAGACUGGUGGCUGGUCAAGGUUAACAAGUUUCCGCUCCUACAUGCUUUGGCUACCCGCGUUUUGAGCAUCCCGACGUCGUCCGCUGCGAGUGAGCGCUCGUGGAGUGUUCGCUCCUUCAUCCGCACCAAGCGACGAAAUCGGCUGAAACCCGAUCGCGUGGAAAAGCUAGCAUAUUUGUACUCGAAU